GAAAGAAUCUCUGCAGCGUGUGGUGUGCAUGUAAGAUUCCCGUGUUAGAAGGAGUGCACGAAGGUACAUGAACGCAUCAUCAGCUUCCACUGAGUGAAGCUUAUCAGAAAAGGGUGAGGAUGGCGGGCCUGUGGCGGUCCUACCAGGCCCUGAUGGCAAGACGCCCCUGGACUGUGCAGAUUGUGACCGCCGGCUCGCUGGUGGGCGUGGGCGACGUUAUCUCGCAGCAGCUGAUCGAGCGACGCGGACUCGCUCGACACGACGUUCGCCGCACCGGCAAGAUGAUGAGCAUUGGAUUCUUCUUUGUGGGCCCGGUCAUCGGUAGCUGGUACAAAGUUCUGGACCGUCUGGUGGUAGGAGGAAGCAAGAGUGCAGCCAUGAAGAAGAUGAUGAUUGAUCAGUUGUGCUUUGCUCCAUGUUUCUUGGGAGCUUUCCUGGCUCUUUCAGGAGUUCUGAACGGGCUGAGCGUGGAGCAGAACGUUGCCAAGCUGCGCCGGGACUACACAGAUGCACUGAUCUCCAAUUAUUAUCUGUGGCCACCGGUGCAGAUCGCCAAUUUCUACUUCGUCCCACUGCACCACAGGUUGGCUGUGGUCCAGGUAGUGGCCGUGGCCUGGAACUCCUACUUGACCUGGAAGGCCAACACCAUGUGAUAAGCCACGACCACCAUUUUGUUUAUUUUUCUUCCGACGCGAGUGCUGCUCCUCACCAGACUGACUCACGGCUCCAUGACUGGACGUCACAUUUAACACAAAUAAUUCUGGAAAUCACACGCACAAACACACGCUUCCCCGUUAGUGUCACCCCCGGGUUGAACAAAACAGUGUUACACGCAAGUUUUAAUUCUUUGUGUUAGCCGAUUUCAAAAAUUGUCCUUAGGCCAAGGUCAUUGUAAAUAAAAAAUAGAUUUGCCUUGA